UGCCUUUCGGUUCGCACACUCAUUCUGGUUCGUUCGCGGGCGCAAAACAAAGCGGAGCAGGUUAUAAACAAAAUCGAAAGGUAGCCAAAAGUGGAAAGCACAAGUACAACCACACGGAACCCAAAAACCCAGAACUGGGAACCCAGAUAGCCGAAUAACAGACUCGACCUGGGCAAAUGAAAAGCACAGCCAAAAUCGAUAUUUUGUGCCAGCGUCGCGCGCAAAUAGGAGCUGUUUCAACGUUUAAUUUCGCGAAUUAUUUCAAACCGUUUGGUUCGGAUAGCGAGACAAAUUAAUCGAAAAUCUGCCACACAGUAUGGAGUCCUUCCUGAGCCUAUUCGAUCCCAACCAGGACGACGGCUUCGAGGAGGAGACGGAGCUAAAUGGUAACAGCAGCGGCGGCGGCAGCAGUAGCAGCGAUUAUGAGACGGACGCUAAUGCCAACGAGUGCAGCCUGAGCCACCUGAGCAGUGGAUUGCCCACCGAGAGGGGUAACCUGAUCUUCGACUUCGAGCAGGGAAUGCUGCCACCAGAGCCCCAGCUUGGGAAUGUAGAGUACAAGUUGAAGCUGGUUAACCCCUCGAAGCAGCGUUUCGAGCACCUGGUUACCCAGAUGAAGUGGCGACUGCGCGAGGGUAAUGGCGAGGCCAUCUACGAAAUUGGAGUCUCCGAUGCCGGCUAUCUGCAGGGACUCAGCGACAAGGACAUGAAUGCCUCUCUCACGACACUAAAGCAGAUGGCCCACAGUCUCGGAGCCAGCACCUCGGUGCUCCGGCGGAAGACCAUCGCUUCACGACGGGCCGUGGCCGAGGUUUUGGUGCGGAAGAUCCCCGACGACCAGCAUAACAUAGAGGUGCGAGUUGCAGUGCUCGGAGGAGCUGAUGCCGGCAAAUCCACUUUGCUGGGCGUACUUACGCAAGAUGAGUUGGACAAUGGACACGGCAGGGCGCGGCUCAACAUGUUCCGACACAUGCACGAGAUACAGUCGGGUCGAACCUCCUGCAUCUCCCACGAGACGCUCGGCUUCGAUGCGCUAGGAAAUGUGGUGAACUACAAGUACAAUGAGAUGAUGACGGCAGAGGAGAUCAGCGACAGGUCCAGCAAACUGGUGACCUUCAUGGACCUGGCCGGGCAUCGGCGCUACAUGCGUACCACCGUUCAGGCGCUAAGUGGUUACUCACCCCACUAUGCCAUGCUUGUGGUAUCGGCGGGCAGCGGCUGCAACGACACCACCGAGGAGCACUUGGCCAUAGUCCGAGCAUUGGACAUGCCCUUCUUUGUACUGGUCACCAAAACGGACAUCACUUCGCCAGAUGCCACGGUGCAGGAGUUGUGCAACCUGCUCACCACGAUUGGUUGCCGUAAGGUGCCCUUCGUGGUGACCAACACGGAUGAGGCCAUCUCUGCCGGAUCAAACCAGGUCUCUGAGAACAUAGUGCCCAUCUUUUGCGUGUCAAAUGUCACAGGCACUGGCCUCAACCUAGUCACAAAGUUUUUGUACGUCCUUUCGCCUGGCAUCAGCAACGCUGAGAAGGAUCGCCUCGAGCAGGAGGCAUGCGAGUUCCAGGUGGACGAGAUUUUCCGGGUAUCUGACGUUGGACCCGUGGUCGGUGGGCUGCUGGUCCAGGGAGUGCUUACCGAGAAUAUGCCCAUGAAGAUUGGUCCGCUGCCGGAUGGAAGCUUUCACCCCGUGAAUGUUAAUACUAUUCACCGAAAUAAGGCUCCUUGCCGGGUAGUACGAGCUGGCCAGAGUGCCUCACUGUCCUUUACCUUGGAUCAUGAUCUGCCCACAUUACGCAGUGGCAUGGUACUGCUGGGUGAUGUUGGAAAUAGCCUGGAUGAGCCCUACGGAACUUAUUUCUUCCAGGCCAAGGUAUCGGUGCUGUUCCACGCCACGGCCAUCUAUGUAGGCUUCCAGACCACAGUGCACAUUGGAAGUAUUCGCCAGACGGCGGUCAUCCGGGGCAUCAUGGGCGGUGAGCGACUGGGCACCAACGAUUGUGCGUCGGUAAUGUUCGAGUUCGUCGGUCACCCGGAGUACGUACGUCCAGGAAUGCGCAUCCUAUUCCGCGAGGGCACCAGCAAAGGCAUCGGAGUUGUCACGCAGGUGUUUCCCGUCAACAAGACCGGCAUAAAGUAGAGAAACCCCAAUAGGAAGCUGGACAGCUGGAUAGUUCCAAUGACAUAACUAUAUAUCUCAAACACAGAUGACAUGUACAUAUACUUAAUUAGCGGUUAGAGAGUGGCGUUAAAUGCUAGGCAGAUCUUCAGUACACUUAGUUUCGGGUUCUGUGAUUUUUCGUUUAAGCUCGGCUCACAAUCGGAAAUUGUGUGAAAUCCUCCUUAAUUACUUUUACUUUAUUAAAAGUCCCACAUCAAGAUAUAA